CCCGCAACAUGGCGACUCCCAUGCACAGAAUAAUAGCCAGGAGGCAGGCGGAGGCAAAUAAACAACAUGUGCGUUGCCAGAAAUGUUUGGAGAUGGGACACUGGACCUACGAGUGCACAGGGAAAAGGAAAUAUGUGCACAGACCAUCAAGAACAUGUGAGAUGAAAAAGAAGUUGAAGGAGAAUGAAAACAAACCCCUCAGCAUCACUGGAUCAGGAAGAGAAGGUUCCAGUGAGAAGAAGCCUAAAAAGAAGGCCAAAGACUCGAGCGGCAGCAGCGGGGAUUCAGACAACUCUGGCAGCGACUCCUCUUCAGACAGCAGCGACUCCUCCAGCUCCUCUUCAGACGACAGCGACGGCAGCAGCGACAGUGACGAUAACAGCUCUUCAACAUCUUCCUCGUCCUCCUCCUCCUCUUCGUCCUCCGACAGCUCAGACUCAGGAAGCAGCAGCGAUUCAGAUCAAGGACCCCCAAAGAAGAAGAAAAAGAAGAAAUGAAAAUGCUGUUUCACUAUUUUUUUCUGUUUUUUUCCCCCUUUUUUCUUUUCUCAGUCUAGGUAGUUGGAACUGAAUAGAUUACACAGUUGUUCAGAUUUGCUGGUAACGGACUAAAAUAAAAGACUAUUUUUGAGCUGUGUCAUGUUCUGUUUUUAAAAUGUUUUUCCUCUGCUUUUACAGGGACGUUUUGUCAAGUUUGAAUUUUUAUUAACGAAAUUAACUUUAAAUAUGCAAGGAAAAGAAUGGGUUUGUUCAACUUAAAUCUUGUGAUUUUUUGUACUGAAGUUUAUUUUUAGUUAAACUUCCUCUCUAGAUCUCAAAAUCUCUAUGAAGCAUUACGGAAUACAUUACAAUGUUAAUAGUGUGUGCUAUGCCAUUACAUUUUCUUAAUAAAAUGUU